CUUUCUGCUGAACGCAGCCAUUCGGUUCGGAUUUUUCGAGCCAGGGUGCGCUGAGAAUUGCCUGCCCUCCCCUUUCUUCAGAGAGAGAUUUGAUUUAAAGGGAAACCGUAUGAUCCGUUGUUGAGGCGUUAUCAACACUUGAGACAUUCGCCUGGUGUUCGUAUUUUGGUCUUGCAGUCAAACUGUAAAUUGGACGCUCGUAAUUGUACGCUUUGAGAGCACCUCGAGAAAAAAAUGAAGAGAACGAAAACGAAGCCGAAAUCUACAAAUUCGUUGGCCAGCAACUCAAGACACAUAGCUACGCAGACCGAAAGCUUCGGCGACAGUUUCUUAGAAGUUGCCAAGUUAGAAGAGCAAGUGCGACUGCUGCAACUUGAAAAUAACGUUCUGAGAAAACACGUAGAAAGAUCUAGCAGCACUGUAUAUAAGCCCACUGUGCAGACAACGCCCAGUGGUUACAAAACUAAUUGCAAAUGUAGGGGGAAUUGUGCAACCCGGAUUUGUGGUUGUGUAAAAAAAAGUGGCAGAUGCAAUUCGUCCUGUAAAUGCGACGAUAAAUUGUGUCAAAAUAAGAAAUCAGAAUGUGAUCAAGAAAAUAAGGAAAAUAUUAAUGAACUUUAUAAGGAAACUCCUAAGAAGCAGACUGGGAAGAAAAGUGCUGUAGAGAAAAUUAAAUAUGAUAAGAGCUUAUUUAGUCCAGAUACGAAGCAGCCCUACAAACAUCUUGAAGAAGGUCAAUUUAGUGGUAUCGAGUUCAGUUUUAAUAAGAACACUGUUAGUAAGGACUCACAAAUUCAUUCAAGCGAAGACGAGAAAAAAGCGGACGAUAAAGAGCAGCAAGAAUUAAUUGAAAAGGAAACGUUUAAGCCAAAACAUCAAUUGUCACGAACGCCGCCAAACAAGAGGCUUGAGAAACCGCUAGAAAUUGAGCAUACGAUUCAACCUCAAUCGCAUUCUGAGCCAGCUCAAAAAGAGACGACUAUAUCUCCCCUUAAUUGCCAAGGUAUUACGGAAGAAAAUAUUAAUUGGGAAGAGUAUACGGCACAAUUAGUUUCUUGCAAAAAAUGCAAAAGAACUUUCCUGCCCAAUCGGAUUCAGAAACACGAAGCCUGUUGUAAAAAAACCUAAAUGUUGACCAAACGAAAGUUUAGACUUUUCUUAACUUCUGAUAUGUUAUUCUGUAUUUAUCCGUUAGUUUUCUCAAUAUGUGAUGACAUUAACUUUAAUAUAAAAAUCAAGUAUCUAAUAGAUAUUAUAGUUUAUUAUAAAUUAACCGCUUCUGUAAACAUUUUUAACAUUAUUCUUUAUAUUAUCAAUCAAUAGAUCAAUAGAUUAGUUUUGCAUAGAACCAAUCGUGUGUUAAUAAUAAAUAAUUGUUAAAUAUAUGAGAAACGUGUGUCAUUUCGUUACAAUAAUCUUUUAUAUAGUUUUAUUAAGGCUACUACAUACACUAUACUAUAUUAUACCAUAAAUAAAUACGUAUAAAAAA